ACCUAUUUGAUUUGCAAAACCAGGUCAAGCUCUCUCCGGAACCUAUGCAGAAGGAUCCAAUGAAUUCCAAGUUUGAAACAUUCCUGUCCAAACCCCCAUUUUCCUUUCGGAAGGACCAACCAUUACCACAUCUUCUAAAACCCACUGCCUAGGGUUACACUUGGCAACAAAAGGAUUAUUCAGCAAACCUAUAAAUUCCCAUCUCAAACAUCAUCUUUGGCUAUCCCCUCAAGCAUUCAUUUCAUCUCAUUCUGUCUUUCAAGAUUUUUGAGUAAGACAAUGGCAAGCCAACAACAGUCAAGCAACCUGUCCAAGAGCGGCCAAAUAAGCCAAGAUGGCCCAUGUGAGCAGAACGCUUCUUAUACUCAGCAAGCCUCCAGCUUCCUUCAACAGACUGGGGAGCAAGUGAAGAACAUGGCGCAGGGAGCAGCAGAAGCAGUGAAGAGCACUCUGGGGAUGAACAAUGAAAACGCAGACAACAGUGCCACCGCUAACAUCCCAAGCAACACCAGCAACCCCAUCAACCCCAGCAACCCCAGCAACCUCAGCAACCCCAGCAACCUCAGCAACCCAACCACCAGGAUUUGAAGUGUCUUUAACUAAUUUUGCCAUUGUAAUUGCUUCUAUUUUUUAAUUUUUAUUUAUUUAUUUGAAAGUUUGUAAUGGGCAUGGCUUUGUGCUCUGCUCUCUCUCUUUGUCUGUUGUGACUUGUGAGGAGCUUUGUGAUUGAGAAUCUGUUGUGAUCUCUCCUCUGGCAUUAAUUGAUUUUUUUUUUUUACUUGUAUCCCUUUCUAUGGACACAUCUGCAGAAAGGCCAAAUAUCAGGAUGGUUAUUGUUUGAUGUGGUUAAUCAUGAGAUUGAUUUCAUGUGGUGAUUGAAAAUUGAGAA